CUUAUUUCUCUCUCCUCUCUCUCAAAUGAUUGAUCUUGAUUCUUGAAUGAAAAGCUAAGAGACCCGUUAUAGAUAGUACAAAGAAGAAGAAGAAGAUUGGAAGGUUCGAUUGAAGGAUUUAAAUCCGGAUCGAGGAGAGAAACUAAUGAAUUCGAAACUGAUUAAAGUAUUUCCAUCUUGGAAAUGGGGAAUCAAACGCGCCCUCCAUUCUCUUGAAGCUCUCUUAAUUCUCAUCCUACUAAUCUUAAUCCAUCAAACCAUCGUAGACGACGACGGUGACUGGCGGUUGACGUCCGGCGGCCGCCGUGGAAACAAUGGAUCAGACGAGACAGAAGUCAAAGAACAUGGGAAAUUGAAAAGCUGUGAUCUUUUCUCAGGCAAAUGGGUUUACGAUAAUGUUUCUUAUCCAAUUUACAAAGAACAAGAUUGUUCUUUUGUCAAUGAUCAACUCGCUUGUCAGAAAUUUGGAAGAGGAGAUCUCGAUUAUCAGCAUUGGCGAUGGCAACCCCAUCGCUGCGAUCUUCCAAGAUUCAAUGGGGAAAAAAUGCUUGAGAAAUUGAGGGGGAAGAGAAUGGUGUUCGUUGGGGACUCUUUGAAUCGGAAUCAAUGGAGUUCUAUGGUCUGUUUGGUUCAAUCUUUUAUCCCACCGACACUCCAGUCCGUUCACGUUAACGGCAACUUCAUUACUUUCAAUGCCAUUGAGUAUAAUGCCACCAUUGCUUUCUAUUGGUCUCCUUUGUUGGUGGAGUCGAACUCCGACGACCCUAUCAACCAUCGCAUAGCUGAUCGAAUCGUGCGAAUAGAUUCGAUCGAGAAACACGCUGCCAAUUGGGCAGACUCCGAUAUACUAGUGUUCAAUUCUUAUCUUUGGUGGAAACGGGCUACACUGAAAGUAUCGUGGGAAACAUUUGAAAAAUCGAAUGGGACAUACGAGGAGAUAGAGAUGUUGCGAUGUUUUGAAAUGGCAAUAAAGACUUGGUCAACGUGGUUACAAUCUCACAUUCAUCGCACCAAGACUAGAUUGUUCUUUGUGUCAUUGUCACCAACUCAUAAUAGGGCCGAAGAAUGGGGCAAACCUCCGACCCAAAAAUGCACGAACGAGACGGAUCCAAUAUUUCGAGAUGGAUAUUGGGGAUUGGAUUCGGAUCCCCGAAUGAUGAGAAUAGUGGAAGAUGCAAUAAUUGAUCUUCAAAGUAAGGGUUUGAAUAUAGAGAUACUUAACAUAACACAGUUAUCCGAGUAUAGAAAAGACGGGCACCCGUCAUUAUAUGGCAAGAAAUGGGGCCCGCCCGAGGAACUGGCUAACCCGAUUAGGUUUGCUGACUGUACUCAUUGGUGCUUACCGGGUGUUCCUGAUGUUUGGAAUCAACUUCUCUAUGCAUAUCUUUUUUUGUGA